AUGAAUCAAAAUGAAUAUGAACAGGCAUUGGUCAAGGUGAAGGAGAAAAUACGUCUGGCAGAGGGAACUGACAUGCAGGAACGUAUGGAAGAACAAAUACGUCAGUGGUUCCUUGAGUGCAGAGAGGCCAACGAUGUUUUUCCUGAAUUCCCUUCAGUGGAAGAAGGUGGCUCCCAGUGGCUCUUCAAACUUAAACCACCGGAACUCCUAGCUCAAGAAGAAGAAGAGCGAAUUGCAGCAGAGAGAAGGCGCAAAGAGAAAGAGCUGAGAGAGAGCGGCAAAAAAAUUGAGAUAGAAAAGAGGAAGAAGAGAGAACCUGAGGGAUGGUUUAUGUCGCCUUCCGCAUUCAUUCAAGAUCUCACUGACGAAAAUUGGCGAAAUCGUGAUGAAAGCACCAAUGCCUUUCAGAGACAUGACGAAGAAAUUAUUAAAAAUGAUAAACGUGCACAGCUCGAACUCGAAAUCCGUGCCCAUGUUGACGACUUGAUGCGGCAAGAAUUGCGAAAUCUCAAAAUCGCUAUUGAUGGACAAAGGCAAAAGAGGAUAAACAAACGAAAAGUCAAGAAACCCAAGGUUAAGAGAAAGAAGGGAGGGUUAAAGGACCUGACGAAAGAUAGAACAUUGGAAUCGGUCUAUGAAGAAUUGGUGAUUGAAGACGUGGUUAAAAAACCUCAAAACGUAAAUCUUGAUCAAUACUAUGGAGAAUAUUCAUACCUUGGGACAACAUUAAAGGAAAGUAUGAUUGAACCUCAGCCUUCCCUAUCUGAUGUUAAACAACUAGUCACGUUAUACGGAAUUCUGCCUUUGGGUUCUCCGGAUGUGCACGCAAGAGCCAGUCUAACGCGCUCCAUCCUGCUGGCCGGACCCUCUGGGACAGGAAAGAAGAUGCUAGUACAUGCCAUUUGCACCGAAACAGGCGCUAACCUCUUCGACCUGACUGCGGAAAACAUCAUGGGUAAGUACACCGGCAAGGAGGCUACUCGUCUGCUCGUCAACAUGGUUUUCAAGGCCGCGAGGCUCCUUCAGCCUUCCGUGAUCAUGGUGGACCAAUGUGAGAAGAUGUUCGGCAAAAAGAUCCCGAAAACAGACAAGACCGAUCCCAAACGUCUAAGGAGAGAGCUUCCUAGAGCGGUACGAACAAUAAAGCAGGGCGACCGAAUCCUUCUGGUAGGCUGCACACACGCACCUUUCGACGCAAAGGUGAAACCCUUCUGCAAACUCUACGAUCGCAUCAUUCUUCUUCCGCGUCCUGACUAUGCCUCUCGAUAUCUCAUUUGGAAAGUGGUAAUUGUGAAGAAUGGCGGUGUCCUGACAGAUGCCUUGGAUAUCUCCUCCUUGGCAAAAGUGUCCGACGGCUAUACCAUGGGAAUGAUGGAUAGAGCAUGUAAGGAGGUGCUCACGGAGCGCCGCCUGGCCCUACUAGACAAGGCACCUCUCGCAGCCUCGGAGCUGAUCGUCCCUCUCUCCCGUAUGGAUCCUGUCUUUCUAGAGGAAGAAGAGGCGUACAAAAAAUGGUACCGCAAAACGCCACUGGGAAGGAAGAAGAUGAAGGCCAUCGAAGAGGCAAGCGUAUCUCAGAAAAAGACCGCCAAGCCUCGACAUAAAUAG